GGAUGAGCUUCCGGUUUUUUGUUCGUGUCUCUUCCUGUUUCCGGCCAUGACACUCAGGGCAUGUGGACUGAUUAUUUUCAGGAGGUUAAACACUGGAUUAGCUGCUAAACCUCAGGACAUCGAGUUCCUACUUUUGCAGACUUCCUAUGGACAGCAUCACUGGACGCCUCCUAAAGGGCAUGUUGAUCCAGGUGAAGAUGACCUUCAAACUGCACUUCGUGAAACUGAGGAAGAAGCAGGGCUUGGAAGAAAAGAUUUUAAUCUGCUUGAUGGAUACAAAAAGGAAAUGAUAUACAAAGUGAAUAAUAAACCCAAAACUGUUAUCUAUUGGCUGGCAGAACUAAAGGACUAUAAUAUAGAAAUAAAACUCUCUAAUGAGCACCAGUCAUUUUGCUGGUUAAAUGUGGAUGAGGCCUGUGAAGUUGCUAAAUAUCAAGAAAUGCAGGAAGCGCUGAGAGAAGCUCACCAGUUCAUCUCAACAAACAAAUAAGACCAGGUUCUUUGCAAAUGAGCUGGAUUGUUAAAAUUGUUGAAGGCUUCUCCUCUACUUUGCUCGUGAAAUGUCAAUACUCAGUACAACUGUUCAGAUGUCACCAUUGGUCCUUCAUGUGAGAGCCUGCACCUUAAAUAUUGGUAGGCAGCAAAAAGGAAGCACGUCUGGCCUUUGUUUCACACACCCUUCCAGAACCCUAGUUUGGUGAUGGAAGGCAGAACUAAUUUGUAUUUAUAUACCAUUCAUUAAACUCAGCAUGUUCUAAAGUGCUUACCAACUGA